GCUGAGCUCAGGCCGAGAGCCGGCGGCGGCGGCGACCAUGGGGACGCGGGAGGUUUACGAGGAGAAGCUCCGCAGCGGCGCGCACCUCCACCGCGACCCCACCAUCAACCCCGGCCUCGGCUCCGCCCGCUGCCCGCGCUGCCUCUCCCUCCUCAACCCCACCGCCAACUCCGUACAGGGCGACUGGGCCAUCACCUCCGUCCUGCACGACGCCACCUCCGUGACUGGUGCGGGCGCCGGCGCGAUGCUCAGUGCCGUUCACGGGUUCAAUACAGGCAUUCCGUUUGUCCAGAAGCAUGUCAAGGGACCCAAGUGGCUGCACUUACUUGUUGGGGUCCCUCCUUUGAUCUUAUUCUCUGGCGCCAGUGCUUUGUUUGGCUCAUAUGCGCUCCCAACGUUUGCUCAGCUCACCGUGACAUCGUAUUAUGCUGCAUCAAGUGCCUCUCACUACGCAAUUUCACAGAUUACUCGCCAGAUCGAGAAGGCCCAUUUAUCAGACACUGAUGAGAAAUCUUGAUGAGCAGCCCUCAGUCAGUUUGAGUUGGUUCAGAUGCCAUGUACAUUGGUAUAUAUAUGGGCUCCCUGCUUCUCCAUGUUGCAGUAGUCUGAUAGUUUUGCCGAGUUCCAGGCGCUCAAAACCUAUUAUUCUACAACGCAUAUAGUUAAUUAUAUAGUUUUGCCAAUUGCUACUCAUGUCACGUUUAAGAGUAUUGUUUUGGCUUCCUUGGCUCUUUUUGCUGUUUGGAUUAAAUGAUAUCUGAAAUUGUUGGUCA